AAAUGGCAAAAUAAACAUUAUCAUAAGCAAAUGAAAAUGAAGUCUAUGUCCAUAUUCCUUGUGUUGUUCGUUUUCUUUCUGGUCGUUCUUGAGUCGCCUGAGAAGAUAGAAGCAAAGUUCAAAUGCGUGGAGGAGUACGGCGGAAAAACGGGCACGCAAUGUAGCACUAAAUUCUUCCCAACGUUGUGCCGUCAAAACUGCCGUGCUAUGAAAGGCGCGAAAAACGGUAUAUGCAUAAAGAAAAACAAGCAUACCAAAUGCUACUGCGACUUUUGCAAAGAGUAAAGACGACUAGAUUUACAAGAACGUAUCCACUUAUGGUCUCAGCUUCAACGCAUAUCAAAGAGACCCCUUUCCCCUAAGCGUAUCUACUUCCAUAUGAAUUAAUAAAUGUAUGUGCUCCACGUAAUAAUAAUGUCCAACGUUUUCAUCGACCGUCAACUACUAUCACUUUGUUUGUAUGUGUUGUAUCAUUGUAUCAUUUCAUGUAUGUUUGGGUUAUAAAUUUAUAACGUUCCAUUUGCUAAAAUAACCGUUUUCUUCUUAUGAAAUUUAGAGUGGUUUCCUUUU